UUUUUAUUUUUGUUUAUGGCUGGUUGUGAUUUGUACUUGCUUUUUUACUAGUUGCCAAUGUGUUAUUUAUCAAACUUCAAUAUUUAUCCCAAACGAUUAUAAAACGUAUAUAAAAUGAUUUGUAGGUUGUGCCUGAAGCAUAUUAAAGAUGUAAUUAAUAUUUUUGAUGAGAUAGGCAUUGAGUUGAAUGUGGCUGCCGUACUUGCUAAGUACUUCUGGUUCGAGCCAAGGAGUGAUGAUCCGAUAUCUACUGCAAUAUGCAAUUCGUGUUGGAUUAGCGUUUCCAAUUUCAAUGAAUUUUACUUGGGCGUGGAAGAAGCUCAUAGGCUAUUGACUGAACGAUUUUCAUUAAAUACGGAUUUAGAGCCCAAUUGUCGUAAGAGGCGUAAUUAUUCAAUAACCGAGGAUAAAGAUGUCAACGAAUGGUUGGAUCAAAAUUUGUCAACUGCAAUUCCCACAAAUUAUUUCAAUAAUGAUGAAAAAAUAGAAAGCAAUAAAAAAAAUGACUUUUUGCCCGAAAAGCUAACUGCGAAAGGGUUAGAUCUGGAAUCGAAAGAAUUAAAAAGUGAACAGUCCAUAAAUGAUGAUGAGCCUUAUAUAAAUAGCGAAUCAUUUAUGGAAGAAGUAAUGGGCAUCGUAGAAGAAAGCGAAGAUGCACUUGCUUUACCGACAGAACGGCAGUUACGCUCCACCCGCUCUAAAACAAAAAAUAUUUCUCAGCAGAACAAAAGUUCUUUAGACUCCGAAUCGAAAAUAAUUGGCAAUGAAUGCCAAAAAGCGGAACUUGGUAAUAGUAAACGACGGGGUCGACCACCUAAAAUUAAAAGUGAAACAAGGGAUAAAAAAGGGAAAACGAAAUCUAAAAUGUUUACAAAUGAAGGUGAUGAUUCGCAACAAGAAAGUUAUGAGGAACGGAUGCGUCAAAUCGAUGAAAAAAUCGCACAAUGCAUACGUUUAGUGUGUGAUAUCUGUGCAACAGAACAACAAACAUUUUCUCAAUUAAGAAAACAUAUGGAGAAAAUUCACCAAUGUAAAGGGUACGCAACUUGCUGUAAUAAAAAAUUCAAUAAACGUGCGCUACUGGUAGGUCACAUUGAAAAACACAUAAAUCCGGAUUGUUAUAGAUGUGAAUCAUGCGACAAAACGUUUGCCGACAAACAAUGUAUGCGUAAUCAUUUCUUGAUCAAACAUCAGCCGGAAGAAGAAAAGCAAUAUCAAUGUGAACACUGUCCGAAACGGUUUGCACGGCCCUAUAUCUUAGAACAACAUCGUCUUAUUCAUGAAGAACGUAGUCACAUAUGCGAUGUCUGUAAAAGAGGAUUUGCAUCAGCCAACAUGCUCAGUACACAUAUGAAAACAAUGCAUUCGAGUUAUGGAGCCACUAUGUGUGAUGUUUGUGCAAAGGUCAUAAGAGGACGCACAGCCUUUGCACGACAUCAAUUGGAACACUCAGGCAUUGUUUUGCCGAAGGUUCAAUGUGAAAAAUGUGGUUCAUGGCAUAAAGAUAAAUACAGCUUGCAGAAACAUAAGCGACGUCAUAACGACGAUGGAACAUUACACGUUUGUAGUAUUUGCGGAAAAGUGGCACCAAAUCGCAGUGCGCUGCUCAGUCAUCAACGUUAUGUUCACAAAUCUGAACGCGUUUUCGAGUGCAGUGUUUGCAAGAAGGCUUUCAAAAAGGCCAUAUCUUUGAAGGAACAUAUGACCAUGCAUACAGGCGAAGUUUUAUAUAGUUGCCCACACUGUCCUAAAACAUUUAAUUCCAAUGCAAAUAUGCACUCUCAUCGGAAAAAAAUGCAUCCUAAAGAGUUUGAAGAGACCCGCAAACAACGACGUGAAAAUGCUGCGAAACCUGAUGUUUAUAUCGAUAAUAUAGAGAAAGCAAGCGAAACACAAACUCCAAAAGGACAAACUGUGUCUGAAGUAGAUAUAAGCAGUGAUGAUGAUUCUAUGCCACAAGUAAUAAUGAUUAAAUCAGACGACGGAAGAGAAACACACAACAUUUUAGUAACCACAGAAGGUUUCAGUGAUAACGAGGGAGAUGCUAAUAAUGCUAACGAUGAGAGUAUAGUUUUUACAAUAAAUUAGCAUAUUAUUUGAAA